AUGUCUCAUCGUCUCGAAUCACUAUCACCAUUAUUUGUAUCACCACUUGAUCGUUCAAAUUCUAAUAUGCUAACAACGAAUUCAACUGUUGUGAAAAAUCUUCAAGUUCUUUUCGAUCAACAAUCAUCAUUACCCUUAGUUCAACGUUCAUCUCAUCGUGAUCUUAAGCGUAUAUCAUCACUAACGUUGGUAUCGCUUUUGAAUAAACAAACAAACAAUUUAUUGAUUAUUGAUGCUCGCUAUCCAUUUGAAUAUUCUGGUGGUCAUAUAAGUGCAGCUAUUAAUGUUUAUACUGAAAACGAUCUACGUUUGCUAUUUACUAAAUUGAUGUCUUCCACAUGUCGUCCAUCGAUAAUUGUCUUUCAUUGUGAAUUUUCAUCUGAACGUGGUCCACGUUUAUGUCGUUUAUUUCGUUCAUUAGAUCGUCAAUAUAAUAUGGCAAAUUAUCCAUAUUUAUCAUUUCCUUCCAUUUAUUUGCUUGAUGGUGGUUAUGCAGAGUUUUUUCAACAUUCAUUUUGUAAAGAAUAUUGCGUACCACAAACGUACAUAUCAAUGUUUGAACAACAAUAUACGCAAGAACUAAAAAUAUAUCGUCACGCAAAAAAACUUGCCCAUGGACGAAUUAUAACAAAAAAAUUAAUUGAAAAUCCAGGUCCCAUUCAUCUUUGUUUAUCGUAG